GAAAUUGAGUGAUUUAAAUUGGUGAAAAUGGAUCAAUCCGACAAGCAAAACGACACGGCAGUUAACUGGCAGCAGCCAGCGAGCGAUGAGGAGAUCAUGGAAAAUAUGCUGCAGGUUCGCUACGACCACGCUAAAUCGUUGGAAAAGGAUUAUUCGCAUAUGUUUAGGUCCAAAUCCCGCCUGGAGCUGAUCCGGCUGUCCGUAUACCAGGUUGGCGUUGAGUUUUGCUACGCAGCCGAGACGGCCUUCGUCAGCCCGAUUCUGCUGGGGAAUGGCUUGCAGCAUACCUUCAUGACGAUGGUCUGGGCGUUCGCCCCAACGCUGGGAUUCUUCUUCGCACCUCUGAUAGCUUCGGUCAGCGAUCAACUCCGAAAUAGCUGGGGCCGGCGAAGGCCGGUUCUGAUGGUGCUGGGAAUUGCGGUGAUUGUGGGCUUGCUGAUUCUUCCGUACGGUAAGCAAAUUGGAAUCUGGUUCGGCGACGACGAUGUACCGGUGGAGCAGAUGUCUGGUUUUCGCUGGGGAGUGCUGAUAACGGUGAUCGGAUUAAUUCUGACCGAUUUUGACAUUGAAACGAGCAGCGGCAUCGGGCGGACGUACUUCAUAGACGUGUGUAUUGAGGCCGAUCACGCCAAGGUACUCACUACGGCCAUGAUCAUCGGUGGAGUCGGCGGUAGUGCGGGGUAUGUGUUAGGUGCCAUAGAUUGGCAGCAGACCGACGUUGGAUCAUUGCUGGGUAGUAACGAGGCUACGGUCUUUGCCGGUGUCGUGAUAGUGCUUGCGGUGACCUUGGUUAUAACCCUUACCAGUUUUCGGGAGAUUGCGCUGCCACUUUUGGAAAAGGAUCCACUGUUGCAGCCGGUCACGGAGAAAAAGUUUUUAGCUGAAAAAAAUCGACAGCUCGCAGUGUAUAGCAUUUCGGGGCCGAUAGCGGAACCAAACAAGCCAGGGGACCUUCCAGUUGCGCUGCAGGAUGAAGAUGAUGAGAAACCGUUGACGUUUAUGGACUUUUUCAAAAACUUGCGCUACAUGCCAAAGUCAUUGGCUAUUUUGUAUUUGACACAAUUCCUAGCGCAGGCGGGAUAUAUGAGCUAUUGCUUGUAUUUUACGGACUUUGUUGGCAGUACCGUCUUCGGUGGAGACGUUGCGGCCCCCGAUGGCUCCCCGGAUUUGGCACUGUACGAGGAAGGGGUCCGUUACGGUUGCUGGGGAAUGGCUCUGUUUGCCAUGUGUGCCGCUCUCUACUCGUUGGUCAUCGAACGCAUUAUCGAAUAUUUCAGUGCCCGAAUGGUUUUAAUUGGAGGUUUGCUGGUGUUUAGCGUCGGGAUGCUCCUGGUGGGAAUCAUCAGUACGAAAUGGAUGGUUCUCGUGUGCAGUCCAACCGUGGGCAUUAUGUACGCUUCAAUCUACUGUGUCCCGUUCCUGUUAAUCUCCCGGUACCAUGCGAAGAAUUCGUUUGCCAUGAAGGAUGGAAAGUACGUGGAAAACGACCGCCGACGAGGAUUUGGAGCUGACGUUUCUAUGCUUAGCAGCAUGCUUUUCUUAGCGCAGCUCCUGAUAGCACUCGCGAUUGGCAGUGUGAUUGACGCGCUCGAGACUACCGCCGUGACCGUUUACUCGGCGAGCUUGUUCUCAUUCCUCGCCGCGAUUGCUGCAAGCCAGAUGCUCUACAUGGAAGCUUGAUUUCGAAGAGCUCGAAUAGCAUGCCCGGUGUCAACGGGGCUGAACCAUCCCUAUGGAGAAGUG